CGGGGCCCAGCUUCAGCCUCUACAUGGACGAGGGCGAGGUCUGCCGCCUCCUGGGUCUUGAUGCAGAGUUAUAUUAUGUGAGGAAUGAUGUUAUUAAUCACUGCGCAUUGUCCUUCAAUCUGUUAAUCCCCAGUGAGACCAGCAGUCUUCAUUUCAGCUGGCAUGCUAAAUCCAAGGUUGAAUAUAAACUGGGAUUUCAGGUAGAUAAUCCUAUGGCUAUGGAUAUGCCCCAGGCCAAUAUUUCUUUACAAGGAGAGGUCCCUCGCACGUUAUCAGUGUUUCGGGUUGAAAUCUCCUGCACUGGCAGACUAGACUCUGAGGUUACGAUACUAAUGCAGCUCAACUUGACAGUAAAUUCCUCAAAAAAUAUCACAGUGUUAAAUUUCAAACGAAGGAAAAUGUGCUACAAAAAACUUGAACAAGAAGUAAAAUCUCCAACAUCUGACAAAAACAGCAGCAAAGCUAUUUUUGAUCCUGUAAAUGCAGCUCCCACCACAUCUACCCGUGUGUUUUAUAUCAGUGUCGGGGUUUGCUGUGCUGUUAUAUUCCUGGUGGCAAUAAUAUUAGCUGUCUUGCAUCUUCAUAGUAUGAAGAGAAUAGAGCUGGAUGACAGCAUUAGUGACAGCAGUAGCUCACAAGGCUUAUCCCAGCCCUCCACACAGACAACACAGUACCUGAGAGCUGACACCCCUAACAAUGCAACGCCAGUAACCAGUUAUCCUACGUUACGGAUAGAGAAGAACGAUCUGAAAAGCGUAACACUGCUGGAAGCAAAAGCUAAAGUGAGGGACAUAGCCAUCUCCAGGGAGAGGAUAACACUAAAAGAUGUACUCCAAGAAGGCACUUUUGGGCGCAUUUUCCAUGGGAUUCUAAUAGAGGAAAAAGACCCCAGCAAAGAGAAACAAGUUUUUGUCAAAACUGUUAAAGAUCAGGCCUCAGAAGUGCAGGUGACAAUGAUGCUGACAGAAAGCUGUAAACUCAGGGGCCUUCAUCAUAGGAAUCUGCUCCCUAUCACCCAUGUCUGUAUAGAAGAGGGAGAGAAGCCCAUGGUGCUGCUGCCUUACAUGAACUGGGGGAAUCUUAAGCUGUUCUUGCGACAGUGCAAGUUAGUAGAGGCCAACAACCCUCAGGCAAUUUCCCAGCAGGAUCUUGUACAUAUGGCUAUUCAGAUUGCCUGUGGAAUGAGCUAUUUGGCCAGAAGGGAGGUCAUUCACAAAGACCUGGCUGCUAGAAACUGUGUCAUUGAUGAAGUACUUCAGGUGAAGAUUACAGACAAUGCGCUCUCCCGGGACCUGUUUCCCAUGGAUUAUCAUUGCCUGGGAGAUAAUGAAAACAGGCCAGUGCGUUGGAUGGCCCUUGAAAGCUUGGUUAACAAUGAAUUUUCCAAUGCUAGUGAUGUGUGGGCCUUUGGAGUAACACUGUGGGAGCUAAUGACUUUGGGACAAACUCCAUAUGUGGAUAUUGACCCCUUUGAGAUGGCUGCAUAUCUAAAGGAUGGAUACCGAAUAGCUCAGCCAAUCAACUGCCCUGAUGAACUGUUUGCUGUGAUGGCCUGUUGUUGGGCUCUGGACCCUGAGGAAAGACCCAAGUUCCAGCAGCUGGUGCAAUGUCUAACAGAAUUCCAUGCAGCACUAGGAGCCUAUGUGUGAACAUCCAGGCACAGAUUCCACGCGCUUCUUGGGAGGGGACAGGGCGUACGCUUCCAGCUCCAUGUAUCACUUGGAUCUGCUCUCACAUGCAAUGUGUAUAAAGCAACGCCAAUGGGAGAAAGCACUUCUUCCAAAACACUGUGCCUUAGAAUGCUUUAGUAGUCUGAAGUUUUUUGUAAGAUCUCAAUGUUGAUGAUUUUCUAGAUAUCACUUUUGCUAAGUUAAACUGAGACCUUUUUAUUUGCCAGCAGAAUAAUGUAGUUAUAGUGAACUCGAACACAAGAGUUGGAAUUGGACCUUUGCACUGUAACAACAGACACAAACGUGAUUUUUUUUUAAGUUUUUUUUUUUAGAGCUGGUAGGAAAACGGAGGAGAAUUUGUGCAAAAAAAACCCCUGACAAAAAACCUUACAGAAAUUCAUCCUUCCUUUUUCAAAAAUUUGAAACAAACUGUCUCACCAGCUCUGGUGUUUGAUCUUGCACGUAUCUGGAAUAGCCUUUUAGUAUCAGCUGCUUUUCUUUUGAGACGAUGGCACAAUAGGGUUGGAUCCACAAGUGGCAUUUUUUCCCCUUUUAGCCCCUUCAUCAACAGGUUUUUUUUAGAAAUGCCAAUCUUCAAGAUGCAAUAUCCCCCUUUCUAAGCAAUUAUGUAAAAGUGAUUCCAAUUUACCUCCUACAGAAAGUGGUAAAGAUAGGAAUAAAUGGAACCUCUCCUUCCAGAUGGGGUGCGAUGGCAGAGCGUGUGCAUCUUACCCUACGUCUAGAGACAUGAGCUUGAGCCUUUUUCUGGACUUGUGCUGAAGGCCUCCCCCAGUUGAGCCAGUUGGUCAGUCUAGGUGGGGAGUCAAAGAUGGCUGGAUGUGAAAAUAGCCACAUCACUCCCUCAUGUACCGUUGGCUACAGAAACUGGCAUGCCUUAACCACGCUUGCCUAGUGGGCCCUUAGGCUCAAGGUGGACGUUUGGACUUUCCUUGCAAAUGAAAGGCUGAUGACUUAACACCGCUCUAAAUGCUAAUUAGAGGCCUUCAGAGAAGUGCCAAAGCAGCCCUUGUGUGGGAGCCUUUCACCUCAGACUUCUAGAUUGCAGUUUCUCUUGUCGAAAAGGUACUGGUUGUUUCUAGGGUUUUUAUGGCCUAAGAUGGGCUUAAAUAUAUAAAUAUAUAUUUGUAAAGACACACUUGCAGAGUAAAAAAUGUUUCUCUAUUACGAUGUAUGUGAAAAGUUUGAUCCCUAUCACUGCCUGGUACAUUAAGUUUA